UCAAUGUGGCAGAUUUAUGGAGAGCUGAAAAUGACGACCAUCAAAGCAAAAAAUAUUUUUUCUUUCAUACUUUUUGUUUCCUUUGUUAUUGCCUCUGCAGCAGCAAAGAGAAAAGAAAUUCAGAAAGGAGCAUCCCAGCUCCUUGAAAAAGAAGUACAGAAGAUUAAUGGGGCAACCUGCAAGUCAACAAACUUUCCAAGCAUUCAACAGUUGCACUAUUCCAAUAAGGUUGAUCAAGCUAUUGUGUGCCUUCUAAAAUCUUUGUCAGCUACGAAUUUAAAUGGGUGGAAUUGGUCAUAUCUUGGAAGCCUUUAUUUAGAGAGAGGAGAGAAAGCAAAAGCCACAACAUGUUUCAAGCAAGCAACAAAGCUCAUUGGGAAAGUUAGCCAAUUUGUUAACCAUUGGCAUUUCAUUGGUCCCUUUGUGAUUGGAAAGUCUGAAGUUGAUGGGGAUCCCCUUGAGUUCUUGGGAGGCAUUGGGAGUGUUUCAAGGCAUAGGCAUGAUAGGAAAGCUGCAUUUUAUUCUGAACUUGCGGCUGGUGGGGUGAUAAAAUGGAAAACAUAUUCUCAAACAAAAGCUGGUGAGAGGGUUCAAAUAGCACCCGAUAUCAACUGGAAUGACUUGAUAUCAUCUUUAGGAUCAUUAGCUAUUACUGAAUGGCAGGGCUGGGUUGUUGGAGAAUUUGCUGUCAAUUCUAAAGGUGAUGUUUCAGUUCAGUGUUUAGGUGUGCAUACCUUCUUUUUGGAUGGAGUAUUUAUUGCAGCUGAUGUAUAUAGAAGGGAUGAAUUCUGGUGAGUGUGAAAUAUGAUAAUUGAUAAAAACUGCAAAUGCAUAAACCCCCCUAGAGCGGCUAAGCACCAAAAUCGUUCACUUUUUGAAGAAAGCAUGACAUUUUGCACAUGGUAUCUAUGAUACAUGAGGAUUGU